UAAGAAACAUAUAGCCAAGUUGUCUUUCUCACACAGAUCCCCAGACCCAGAGAGCACCUCCCCAGUCAGUCCCCCAUGAAUUCAAUAAUGGAAGAACCAAAACAACAACAGACGGAGGUGGAGGAGAAGAAGAUCUUUUCUUCGUAUCUGUCCUUAAGCUUCUCUCUCUUCUUAGCUUCUUUGCCUAGACAUUCAGUCUCCUUGGUACCUAAUCUCCACUCCCAGAUCAGAACCCUCUCUCUGCGUCUCUUUCAAGCGGAGGAGCAGCUAAAGCAGAUGAAAUCAAGGAGGAAGGAGGACUCCAAGGCUAAUGCCAGGGUCGUCGAGAUCUUCGCCAGCCAUCGCAAUGCUUGGCAGUCUGAGGAGAGGCGGUUGCUGGAGCAGAUCGAUUCGUUGCAAGCCAAGGUCAACGAGCUUGAGGGAGGAAGGCAGGAGGUCAUGGUCAGGAUCCAAGAUUUGCAAAGAGAGCUUGAUGAGAGAGACGAGAUGAUUGGGUUUAUGUCGAGGUCUAGAAGUGGAGAAUGUCACGAGGAAGAGGAGGACGAGGAAGGGCGAUUGAGUGGGUGCGGGAGCGCAGACUGUUGUGGGAGGGAGCAGGUGGUGGAGGAGAAGGAGAAUUUCGCUUACGGGCAAGAGCAGCAACAGCAUUUGCUUGUGAGGGGUAAUGAGUUUGGUUCAGGUUUUAUGGCAUCUGCCUCCAAAUUUUGGGCUGAGACUGCUUGUCCUUGGCAGGAUGUACAAUAUGAAUCCCUUGAAUCGCUAUACCAUCCCAAACAUUUUGUUGCAAGGGAAUUCCCCUGGAAAGUAGAUGGUGAAUCAACAGGAGUUUCUAUUAAACUCAAACUACUGGAGCAGCAACUGCUGAAUAUGGAAAUAAUUGGAAAGAGUGAUCUCUCCAAGGUUCCAUCUCUAAUGAGGAAGCAAGCUAAGAGAUAUCAAGCUCUUGCAGGGAAGAUCGGUGACCUGUGCACAAGAAUGCAGGCUAGCGACCCCAGUGAACCUACGCUCAACCCAGAAUUCCGGACGCAAAGGCAAACUGAGUUUCUGCUUGAAGCAUUUCGGCUUCAGCAGCGUGCAUCUGAAACUGGGCAGAAGCUUCUAGCAUUGCAAUCUGACAUUGGACAGAAUUACUAUGGGUAUGAGCCUGAAAUCCAGGUACAACUGACAACGAGACGUUCGUUGGACUCCAUCAGAUAUAACCUAAAAGAAGUCCAGAGAAAUCUGGAAAUAUGGUUAGCCAGAAUUAUUGGAGAUCUAGAAGGGAUUCUGUCCAGAGAUGGCGCUUCGCGGGAAUAUUAUAUUUCUACGUUUUCUUCUGUUCAAUAGAAUUUUCAGAGUCCUCCGUGGUCAAAAAGCUUUAGUCUAACAUGAAUGUGUGCUGUAGCCGUUUUGAACUUGAUAGAGCAGUCCAGUACCCCCAUGGAAAUGUAAAUCUUCUUAACGGUAUGUACUAUUUGAACUUCAAAGAAGUAACGUGGUUCAGUAUAGUUUGAUUUGUAUUCUCA